UGCGCCAACGACCCCGAGGUGUUCGUCCAGGCAGCUCUCCUGGCUCAGGACUACUGCGAUGCGGUCGACUUGAACUUGGGCUGCCCGCAGAUGAUCGCCAAGAGGGGUCACUAUGGUGCCUUUCUACAAGAAGAGUGGGGCCUGCUCCAGAGGAUGAUUCUGCUGGCCCAUGACAGGCUGUCUGUUCCCGUCACCUGCAAAAUCCGAGUCUUCCCUGAAAUCGACAAGACUGUGAGGUACGCCCAGAUGCUGGAAGAGGCUGGCUGCCAGCUACUGACUGUGCAUGGACGCACCAAGGAGCAGAAGGGGCCCCUGGCAGGGGCCGCAUCCUGGGAGCACAUCAAGGCCGUGAGGAAGGCCGUGUCUAUCCCUGUGUUUGCCAAUGGCAACAUCCGGUGCCUGCAGGACGUCGAGCGGUGCAUUCAGGACACGGGUGUGCAGGGGGUCAUGAGUGCCGAGGGCCACCUGCACAACCCCGCCCUGUUUGAGGGCCGGAGCCCUGCUGUGUGGGAGCUGGCCCAGGAGUACCUGGACAUCGUCCAGCGGCACCCUUGCCCGCUGUCCUGCGUCCGGGCCCACCUCUUCAAGCUGUGGCACCACACGCUGCAGGUUCACCAGCCGCUGCGGGAAGAGCUGGCCAGGGUGAAGACCCUGGAGGGCAUCGCUGCCGUGAGCCAGGCGCUCAAGCUGCGUUGCCAGGAGGACAUGUGUGCACAGGAGCAGGGCGCAGGCCCUGCUGGCAGCCUGCCUUUCUUCCACUGGAUCUGCCAGCCUUGCGUCCGGCCAGGGCCCAGGGAGAGCGGCGCUGUCCGCAGCAAGCGCGCUCUGGAGGAGGAGGAGGAGGCGGAGGCCGUCAGCGGCACCGAGCGGCUGUCCAAGAACAAGCAGAAGCAGCAGCUGCAGAAUCCCCGCAAGACCUUUGACCCUUCUCUGAAACCAAAGUAUGCCAAGUGUGACCAGUGUGGAAACCCAAAGGGGAACAGGUGUGUGUUCAACCUGUGCCGCGCAUGCUGUAAGAAGCGGGCCUUCAGAGAGACGGCGGACUGUCCAGGUCACGGAUUGCUUUUUAAAACCAAAUUGGAGAAGUCACUGGCCUGGAAAGGGACUCAGCCUGGGCUGCAGGAGGCCCCGCGGGUGGGGCCUGGAGCGCCACCGGGCUGCUCCGAAGUCGUGGGCAGCGCCCGGGCUUGAGCGACUGGCAGAGCCGUCCCCAGCCUAGGACAUUGGCGGAACCCGGACACUUCCUUCAAAAGAAAUACUUUGCUCAGGGAAAUUCCCACUGACGUGAAAGGACACACUGAUGUCCCCCGGCCCAGGCCAGGGCCUGGCGAUGCUGCACCAGGGCCGGCCCCAGCCGGACCUGCUCCUCCCCCUCCUCAGUUUCCAGAGAGAACAAUAAACCAUUUCUAAAAAGGU